AUCUGUUGGAGCAAUAAGUACGAAAAAUAGGAAAGAAACGCAGAUUUUUAAUCAAAUACGAGGGAUGACAGCUAGCACUAUUAUUCACGAUAAACGCAAUAGGUGACAGUUCAGCUUGUGCACAGCAAUAACAACAACAAACACCCCUCUUGAAAACAGGGAGUGAAAUUGCGACCUUAGGCGUGUACGGAACAGACGUGACGAUGGCAGCGGGAAUAAAAUAUAUUUUCCAAAAAGAAGUGUUUGAUGCACUAGAAGAACGUAUUUUGUCGGUAUGUAAUGUGAGCAAGUUGCUCAAGAAGAAAAAGACAUCCUACUUGUGUAUUGUUUCAACGACUAAACCGAGCAUCAUAAUCAGUGUGUGCCAGAUUAAGCAGUAUGAUAAAAGUUCAUACAAGAAAAAACGAACAUGGUCAUUGGAGGAAAUAAAGUGCAUCGAUGGCCGGAACGAAGCUGCGGACACACAUGAUUUUGAUAUGGUUAUGGAUAAACCAUACCGUUGGUUUGCUGCGAACCUUCACGAGCGACAAAACUUCAUUUCAGUACUAUGGAAACAAAUCCACAAACACUGUGCCGUGAGCGAAAGGGCAGUGUUCAAGAACAUACCGAAACAAUGGUUGUCUGAAAAAUCACCGGAAAAGAAGACAGAGGGUAAAUUCAUCAGCCGAGAUGGUACUGAUCAGGGCGACGACGAAGAGCUGGACGGAUUUGAAAAUGAAGACUUUCAUGCCCUUACGGAGAAGGAAGAGAUGAACCUCAGUAGACUAAUAUCGGAAUGUGACUAUGCGAUUAGUAACGCGGAGUUAUUCAUGGAAGACUUGACUCACAAUCUGUUACAGCUUGAUGGAGCGAACAUCCAGAGCGUUCUAGCAUCGGAAAAACAAGUUCAAAUGCUCAUGGAACGAAUCGAAGAAGCUAUCAGCGAAGCCGAAAAAGUUGAGAAACGCAUGGAUGACUAUGAUGAGAUCCUCUGCCACGUCCGAGACACCAUGGAAAAAAUGGGAGAGAAAAAUCAAAUGAUAGAGGUCGCAAAUACCAACAAUGUAAGGCUUUUGCAAGAGUUGGAGAAGGUUGUCACGCAGUUAGACUUGCCGCAUGCACAUCAGCUUGCACUUACCGAUACUGAUCUGACCCCAAAAGGUUUGCCAGCAGCAAUAGCUGCGGGAAAAGCCCUACAAAUGGCAAUGAACAGUGACAUAGAUCCACCACUUUUGCGUUUAACAGCUGUUCAAGAUCAACGGAAACGCUUCGAAAAGUGGAAAGCAAAAUUUUCCCAAACAAUCAGUCGCCAUUUGAACAAUCUUUUCAUUCACUUGGGCAACUUGGGAGAUUCACAAAAUUCCAGCACUAACGAUCUUUCUCUUCCGAAGCAUCAACAUGUACAUAAGGAGCUCUCUGCUUUUAUGGAGCUGAUGCAUUGGAUGAAAAUCAUGGAUAGAAAAGCGUACGAUGCUCUUAUUAAGGUUUACACUACAUCGCUAAGCAAGGUUUACGAUCGUGAUAUUCGAAUUUUUUUCGAAAAUGCUAAACAAGCUAUAACAGCCAAGAGAUUUAACUCCAGAGAAGAUAUCAAUAACAGCUCUGUGAGCAAUAAAUUGAAGCUUGGGCAACAAUCAACCAAGCAGCCAACUCAACCAUAUGGUAUUUUGGGAGUUAACAAGGAAAUGUGGUCACCCGGUGCAGACCCUACCGAACGACAACGGUUCGACUCAAUUCUAGAAAAAGUGUUGGCAGAACUUGAACCAGUUGCGUUGAGUGAACAACAUUUUUGCAUCGCCUUUUUCCAACUGGAUGUAAUAAGUCCAAGUGGUAAAAAUACACGGACAACGUUGGACGCUUCUUGCAAUGACCUUUUAGCACAGAAGGACGAACGCGAUACAGCUCUUAACAUUCCUCAACGGAGACUUGAUCGCCAAAUCAACGAAGAAGUUCGUAAGAUGAUGGGAGAGCUGUUUGCGAAUCUGGAAACGGAAAUAAAUAGUUUUAUUUUAAGUUUCGAAAAGCUGGACAAUUACUACUCCUUGUACGUUCUUGUGCGUCUCACCCAACAUGUGAUGUCUGCACAAGAUGCACAAUCGUUUCUGAGCAUGACGUUCGCAUCAGCUCUCAUUCACGUUAAACGAAACUUCGACAAGUUUAUGCAACAACAAUUGCAGUCUAUUGAUGAGGCUAAGCUACCCAAACGAUCCAAAUGCGGCCUUUUGCCUUACGUUGAAAAUUUUGCAGAAUUUGCAGCAACUGCCGAGAAUAUAUUUAAGAAAACAGAGCGUCGUAACGACUUGGACAAAUCGUAUUUGAAGCUAGUUGAAGCAAUUUUCGAACGCAUUCCUUUGCACGCCGCCGAGCAUUCAAAAACUCCUCAUCAAGUAGUGAAAAUGGAGAAUUAUCAUCGCAUGCACUCUUCCUUGUCGCAGUUGAAAAUUCCAGUUCUGGAACCGUUACGAAAAGAAUCAAAAACACGAUACAAUGACGCUCAGAAAGCAUAUGUUACAAAAUAUUUUGGUCGUCCGCUAGACAAAUUAAACCUAUUUUUCGAAGGAGUUCAAGUGCGUGUGCAGCAGGGUGUGAAGGAUACAGAAAUAAGCUAUCAAAUGGCAUAUUCUAAGCAAGAGCUACGGAAAGUCAUCAGUCUUUAUCCCGCCCGGGAAGUGAAAAAAGGACUAGAGCAAUUAUAUAAAAAAGUGGAAAAACAUCUAUGCGAGGAAGAAAAUUUGUUACAAGUUGUCUGGCGAGAAAUGCAGCAAGAGUUUAUCACUCAAUAUAACUCUUUGGAACAGUGGAUUCAACGGUGCUACGCUGGGUCAAUGAUAACCCUUGAAUUUACCAUUAACGAUUUGCUGGACUUUUUCUCCGAGAUUGCGCAAUCUCACUAAAAGUGGAAAGUGGUCUUGCUAGCAUGUCAGUUUGUAAUACAUAAAGCAUGAGCAUAAUGAACAAACCUUUCA